CCGUUCCAGCCCCGAUAGCCCCGCACAGCCCUGCCGGUCCCUCGCUGCCGGCGGAAAGCUCGGCGCUGAGCCGCCCAGGAGCCGAGGCGAUGGCGAGGCAGGCGAGCCUCGUGUGCGUUCUGCUCUGACUUUAUGGAAAGCAUCAACUAUCGCUGCGGCGCGUCAGUCAGAGCCGGGAGCUGCCCGGCAGAGCAGGGCAAGGCUGGCUCGCUCUGAUUUGGGCUUAUGGUUAUUUACUUAAUGGAAACUCGACAGCAAACAGAUAAAUGAGAGAGGCUGCCGGGUCUCUGAGCGUGCCGAGUCCAACUUCUGACCGUGGAUGAAAGAGGGAUGCUGAGGUGGUGUGGAGACAGGACUGAUGGAACUGCUCUGACUCCCAGCAGGUCCCAGGAGCACCCCAAGCCUCACCUCCAGUAACACGGCCCGGGCUCACCAUGGCAGCAGGAGUGGCAGCGUGGUUGCCCUUCGCCAGGGCGGCUGCCAUAGGAUGGAUGCCGGUGGCCAACUGUCCCAUGCCACUGGCUCCAACGGAGAAGAACAAGAGGCAGGAUGAGCUGAUCAUCCUCAAUGUGAGUGGCAGGCGUUUCCAGACCUGGAGGACUACACUGGAGAGGUACCCGGACACUCUCCUGGGCAGCACGGAGAAGGAGUUCUUCUUCAAUGAAGACACCAAGGAGUAUUUCUUUGACCGGGACCCCGAGGUCUUCAGGUGCAUCCUCAAUUUUUAUAGAACUGGCAAGCUGCACUACCCCAGGUACGAGUGCAUCUCUGCCUACGACGAAGAGCUCGCCUUCUACGGGAUCCUUCCCGAGAUCAUCGGGGACUGCUGCUACGAAGAGUACAAGGACAGGAAGCGGGAGAACGCGGAGCGGCUGAUGGAUGACAACGACUCGGAGAACAACCAGGAGGGCUCCAUGCCCUCGCUGAGCUUCCGGCAGACCAUGUGGAGAGCCUUCGAGAACCCCCACACCAGCACCUUAGCCUUAGUCUUUUACUACGUCACCGGGUUCUUUAUCGCCGUGUCUGUGAUCACCAACGUGGUGGAGACCGUGCCGUGCGGCACCGUGCCGGGUAACAAGGAGCUGCCCUGCGGGGAGCGCUACGCCGUGGCUUUCUUUUGCCUGGACACGGCGUGCGUGAUGAUCUUCACCGUCGAGUACCUGCUGAGACUGUUCGCGGCGCCCAGCCGCUACCGCUUCAUCCGCAGCGUGAUGAGCAUCAUCGACGUGGUGGCCAUCAUGCCCUACUACAUCGGCCUGGUGAUGACCAACAACGAGGACGUCAGCGGGGCCUUUGUCACGCUAAGGGUUUUUAGGGUUUUCAGGAUUUUCAAGUUCUCCCGCCAUUCCCAAGGCCUGAGGAUCUUGGGCUACACUUUGAAGAGCUGUGCCUCCGAGCUUGGCUUUCUCCUCUUUUCCCUCACUAUGGCAAUCAUCAUCUUUGCAACUGUGAUGUUUUAUGCAGAGAAAGGGUCCUCGGCAAGCAAAUUCACCAGUAUUCCUGCUUCCUUUUGGUACACUAUUGUAACCAUGACAACACUGGGUUAUGGUGACAUGGUGCCCAAGACCAUCGCCGGCAAGAUCUUCGGCUCCAUCUGCUCUCUGAGCGGGGUGCUGGUCAUCGCCCUGCCCGUGCCCGUCAUCGUGUCCAACUUCAGCCGCAUCUACCACCAGAACCAGCGCGCAGACAAGCGCCGGGCACAGAAGAAGGCUCGCCUGGCGCGGAUCAGGGUGGCCAAGACGGGCAGUUCCAACGCGUACCUGCACAGCAAACGCAACGGGCUCCUCAACGAGGCCCUGGAGCUGACGGGAUCCACCGAAGAGGAACAGCACAUGACUAAAGGCACCUCCUUAAUCGAGAGCCAACACCACCAUCUGCUGCACUGCCUGGAAAAAACAACCGGAUUGUCCUAUCUUGUGGAUGAUCCCCUGUUAUCUGUACGAACUUCCACCAUCAAGAACCACGAGUUCAUCGACGAGCAGCUGUUCGAGCAGAACUGCAUGGAGAGCUCGAUGCAGAACUACCCCUCAUCCCGCAGCCCCUCGCUCUCCAGCCACCCCGGGCUGGCCACGUCCUGCUGCUCCCGGCGCAGCAAGAAAACCACACACCUGCCCAACUCCAGCGUGCCGGCCACGAGGCUGCGGAGCAUGCAGGAGCUCAGCACCAUCCACAUCCAGUGCAGCGAGCAGCCCUCCCUCACCACCAGUCGUUCCAGCCUCAACAUGAAAUCAGACGAGGGGCUGAGAGCGAACUGCAAAUCCGCGCAGAUCACCACGGCCAUCAUCAGCAUCCCCACGCCGCCGGCGCUCACCCCCGAGGCCGAGAGCCGGCCCGGCCCGGGCAGCCCCGCCGCCAACGCCCCGAGCAUCGUCAAGGUGUCGGCGCUGUGAGCGGCCCUGCGGACCGGGACAGCGCGGGGACAGCCGGGGACAGCGCGGGGACAACGUGGGGACACGGCCCGGACAGCCGGGGACAGCCGGGGACAGCCGGGGACAGCCGGGGACAGCCGGGCCCGCGGGGCCAGCAGCGCUGGGUGAGCCAGCACGGCCGGAGGAACGAGCGGAAUAUAACACUGUGUAUCGCAGCACCUUUUUAAAGGUUUUUAAUGGAUAAUAUUUAUUCAUGAGGAAAUGACUGAAAAGGUGAAAAAAAAAAAAAAAAGGAUUUUGUGAAUUUUUGUUUUGUUUUUGUUUUUUUUUUUUUCCUUCAUGGAGCAGAACCUUUAAACCAACCAAAAUUUCACUUGUUUUGGGGUUUUUUUUGGUUUUUUUUUCUUUUAUAGGAAGAGAUUUAGACAAAAGAAGCCACCUGUCACAGCAGUCCCCUGCAUGGCUGUGUGUGUGAGAGUGUGCAGAGCUGCUCCAGGGCAGGGCCAGCACCCCCUGUGCACACACCCCACACACACCUCCCACCCUGCAAAACAUCCCCAUUUAGACUAUUUUGUAUCCGCCUUUCAAGUCAAUACAGUGCAAUUGCAAACAGUG